GGGACCGGCGCGACCGGCACAGCAUGUGCCACCCAUAAUGAGCCGCUUUGCGCGGCCUGCACAACUACCGGCUUCGAGUUGGUUUCCGGUGCCUGCGUGAAGAAUUGUGUUUGCCCCCAUGGUACUGCGGCGACUGGGGCCGACUGCCCGGGCAACGGCCA